ACACAUGGCACAUGACCAAAAUUAGUCACUCUAAGUACCUGUUCAAAUUCGGUUUAGUUGUCAUUUAGCUACGGUAGCUACGAAUUGAAUGCCAAAUGGCUAAACACUGUUUAUAUAUUUUGGAAACAAUUCAUACUAUCUUCUGUGGUUUUCUUAUCUAUUUUGUGAAAAUUAUAUUUAGCAAAAUUGGUGCAGAGAAUUUGUGUUGCUCAGAAACUAACUUUUUACUUCUUAAAAACUUUAACUAAAAAAGGCAAAAAAGGGGAAAUUUCUAACUUUUAGCAACGGGAGGCAAGGAUCAAAAAGGCUGCCGCCACAAUGAGUGAAUUUAAUGGCGAACAGUUUUAUGGAUUUUCCUCGAACACCAAUCCAAAUUCGAUGACACAAACAGGGAAUUUUGAUUAUCGGCACGUACGUUCAGAGUUUCUAGACAGUGCAUCUCAAAAAGUAGCGAAAGCUCAAACAUUCCUAGAAAAACCUUUAACAAAACCUGGCAACACUUCUAAACGAACUCCAACCCCAGGAAAUCAAUCAGAAAGAUGCUCCUUUAAAAGAGAUGUAGAUGUGGAAACUCACAUAGCUGGCUCUAAAACCCAUCGACCACAGAAAAACCAUUCGGUUCGCCAAAUACCAGCGCAUGAAAUCGAAAACUUAAUAGCCAAAGUAAAAGCUUUACAAAGGAAUUCACAAAUGGCUCCAAAGUAUAACCAUUACCAAAACUUACAAAGUCUUAUUAGAGAUCAAGAUGAAAAAAACGAUGGUGGACCUACGUCUCAAUUGGUUUCACCCAAUGAAGGUAGACCUCAAGGUAUUCUGCGUAAACUAUCACAAGAUGAGACCUAUAUACAGCCAGAAAUUUUAAAUCAGACCUAUAAUAUACCACCAAAGUCACCUAUUCCACAAAGUCCAAGCCAGAAUGACAGAACUUUUCAAAAGUUGGAUUUUAUAGAAGCCAGUGUUUGCAAAGCUCAGACACCUCUAAUAAUGGAAAAUGUUCGAAUGGAACCAAAACCUCAAGCAAAAUGGGUUGAGGUCUGGGAACCUCAAAAAGGCUGCCGCUUAGAAAGAGAAAUGCCUCGCUGCUUAUCACACAAGUCGUAUUGCACUUACGAUAAGCCUGCAUUGUCUUUAGAUCCCCAACUAUCUGCCAGACUUAUGGCAGAGGUGAUUGCCGAUAAUAAUCCUAUGACGGGCAGUUCUAUGAAUGUCAACCCCAGUGAGGAUAUUCAAAGCCUGGAUAACUACAUUGUGGAAGAGGAUAGUGAUUUGGAGUUUGAAAUGAUUGAUAGAAAUAAUUAUAUGAAGUAUAUUGAACCGAAACCCUUGCCUGAGGAUAUUAUAAAUAUGUCAGUUGAUGCGGAUGGAAGUCUAGCAGAAUUCAUUGCCAUAGAGAGUGGUACCAAAGACUUGGAUGUAACUUAUCUAAAGAAUGCUUCAUUCAUACAUUUCACUGAAGAAACACAGGAUGAUAUACCGGAGCUUAAAGUCUACCUAGAUAGCAAAGAGAAACAACAAACAAAAAUUGAAGAAUUCCUACAAAAUAACCUGGAGCAUUUUGAAUCCUGCGAAAUCCUCAAUUCAAAUGAUCCAUACAAACGGCCCUCUAAAUCCUUUUCGCAAAAUAAGCGGACAAGGCAAACCCUGCAUAAACAGCAUUUACAACAAACAUUUGAAAGAUUAGCUGCUGGAGGAGGAGGGGGCGCUAUCUCAUCUCGCUCCUGUAGUAAAAAUUUUCCAGCGGAAAGUAUUACCAGCUCUAGAAAUCGCGCAUUACGUUCACUAUCCUCACCUCGUCCCCAGCCAACGGAGACUGGAUCAAUUUCUGAGCAAUUGCCCAUCAAGAAAUUGAGAAAAUCUGAAACUCAGUUAUCUUUGAAAAAUUUGAAAAUAAGCAAAUCCAUUGAGAAUCUAAAAUUGGAAAAAUCCAACAUUUAUAAAAAGAUGACAAACACACAGGAGAAAAUCAUGGAGGCCAUAGAUAAACUAAGGAACAAUUUGCUGCAAUUAAAUGCUCCCAAAGAUAGCUUCGACAAAACCAAACGGCAGCGUAAUGCUUUCGAAUUUGCGGUGAGAUUUUCGAGAAAUUUUUUAUAUCCCCUUAAGGGAAUGCUUGAUGAUCUGAAAUCCACGCCUGUUGAACAAUUCAACAGCCUGCACUCGAAUGAGGCCUGCCUUCGUGUUUGUCAACUUUAUGGCCUUAUUUUGCAAUCGGUGAACACCUAUCAAAAACAACUGCGUUACUUUUUCCUAAACCACGUGCCAGAAAAAUUACCCAUUCUAAUCGAAAAGAUUUGUGAAGCCAAUACAGAAUGUUUGGAAAAGCAAAUUUUCUCAUCUCAGGACGUUGUUGUUGAUGGUCUGCACCAAAAAUGUUCCCAAUUUUUUGAUUUUUUGCAAGAUUUUGAUGAGGAGCGAUUAAAAAUGGCUAAAGAGGCAUCACAACACAAAUUGACAUUGGAAAAGGCUAGCCACAAUUAUGAUUUGAAAAUGUGUUUUCAAGAUUUAAGUAUGUAUGAGCCAACCUUGGUACCAAGGGCCGCAAAAAAUCGAAAGAGACCAAAGCUCAAAUCAAAACGAUCCAUUGCCACUAUUCCCAUAGACGAAGUCAAGGAUUCUAUAAAUGAAAUGCCGAAGGAUGAAAAUAUUACAACGCAUAUUCAAAAUGUUCCUCUAGAGUCCAAAAACUCCACUACUCAAGUAAAUUUGCCGCUAGGUGAUGGCGAUGGUCCAGGCUUAAGUAAAUCAGUGAUUGAAGCUUUACAAAAUGUAACAAAAGAACAAGUUCAACAACUUCUUCAACCCAUACUGGCCUCUAUGGGAAAAGCUUUAGAAAAUCAGAGCAACAACACAAAUCCCAAAGCCGUUGCAGAAAUACUUGAGACCUUAGAGAACAAAGUAUUUUUAAUGUUGGCUGGCAGAAAACAACUGAACAGUGACAACAAGUGUUCAAAGGAAGAAAAUAUGGAUAAUGUUGCCGCAAUAUCCGAGGAUAAUAUGGAAGAUACGACGCAAACGUCUAAACCGUUGAAAGCCGCGAAACAAACUAAAACUCAAAGCCAGCCAAACAACCGACGAAGUGCUGAAGCAGCACCACCACCAUCGACAACACACAACAACACUGUCAAGAGUGGGGCGGCCUACAGAACAGCUGCGGCAGCGUAUGCCGACAACAACGAAGAUGUUGAUGACGACAACAGCUCCAAUAUAAUUAACAACAACAGCAACAAAAUGGGUAAAAGUAACAACAAUUAUAUGAAUCGCAAUAACAACAACACGAAUACUGUUAGGCAAAAUAACAGCAGACACUCAAUGCCUCACUACAAUGGUGGGCAUUGGCAGAGAGGCGGGCAAGCCGAAAAAGAGAGCAGUAUAAACAAAUUGCCUAUGAAAUUAAUGAAUGAAGUCAAUGAAGAUCAAAUGGAUAAUGAAUUUUCAAAGCUGUCAAACGAUGAAAAAGAUAUUGAAGAGCUACAACGAAGUCUCCAUAAAGAGAAAAUAUUAAAAGAGAAUAACUUUGAACAAAACCAAAAUGAGCAACCAGCCAUGAGACAUAAUGAUAAGUUAUCAGUCUCUUUGGAGCCCAAACAACUUCAAUACAACUCGUCCAAUGACGACGACUGUUGCUGGGACAGUGCAUCAAGUCAUAAUAUCCAUGUAAACACACUCCUGACUUUUCGCCCCCACACCCAGCAAGUCAUGGGCAAACGGCAAAGAGUUAACCAUCAGCAAAGACGAGAAUCAUCCUCACAUACUCAAUGUCAACAUUUGACAGGAGAGAAAACGCCUUCAAUGUUAUCAUCCCAAACACAACGAAUUCCAUCGUUGCAUGGUUUGACAGAAAUGCCAUCAGAACCAUGCAAUGGGAAAUUUGGGGAACUCUAUAGGAACAAUAAAUCCAUCAAUAAAACAUCAUAUGAUACAGCGCAAAAAUCAAACCCUUCAUCAUUAAAAGAACUGAAAAAAUUAAAACCAAAGCCCGCAAUGCCAAUAAAUCCUCAAAAGUUCUUUAAAAAGGAAACCACCAACUUAACUCCAAGAAGCCAACAGCAAACGGCCUCUCUUACCCAAGAAGAGCGUUAUAAUUUGAAUGAAGCCCAACAUUUGCAACCAAAUAUGCAUUUUGAAGAUAUGAUAAGGCAAAGAAAUCAAUUUUUGAAGUCAUGUGAAAAAAAUCCACAAUACAACAACCCAAAUUUUUCCGAACCUUGGAAGGUUGUCUCAAUAAUAUCGGAAAAGUUGUUGGAUGAAGUGCUGGAAACUGUAGCGACAGACUUUGAUGCUUGUAUAUCGAAAUUUGUGGAAGAUUUUCUGGAAUUAGAAACCAAAAUACAUUAAGGCAUCUAAGAUUUUUUUUACCAAAAUGACAAAGAACUAGAACAUUUUUAAAUAAUUUUUCUAAAGCUAAUUUUUUGUUAUUUUUUCUUUACUCUUUUUAAUAAAAAAAACUAGGAUUUACUGGAUUAGGUUAAGCCAAGCUAUCCACCGACAUA